AUGUCAGCAACUAUUCCUCCCGGCUCCCCCAGCGGAGAUAUUUUACAGCCGAUCUGCGCCGACCAGGUUCCACUAAGCCAAUCUCAGACUUUUGGUCAACAGCAAAAACCAAAAACUCAAGGAAACAGGACAAACAAACCAAGUAACUUGAAAACCCGAAGUAAGAUGUCAUUGUCAUCCAAGAAAACGAUCACCGACCUUCCCGCCGGAGAGAUCAAAGGCAAGCGAGUAUUGAUCCGAGUGGACUUCAACGUCCCACAGGAUAAAACCUCGGGCCAGAUCACCAACAAUGCCCGGAUCGUCGCUGCCCUCCCCACGAUCAAAUACGUCAUCGAGAACGGCUCCAAGGCCGUCAUCCUUUGCAGCCACCUCGGCCGUCCUAAUGGCGCUCCUAACGCUAAAUAUACCCUUCGUCCCGUCGCAGAGGAGCUCCAAAAAGUCUUGGGAAAAGAUGUCACUUUUAUCGACGAAUGUGUUGGUCCCAAGGUAGAGGAGACAGUCGCAGGAUGCAAAGAAGGGCAAGUAUUUCUACUUGAGAAUCUGCGAUUUCACUUAGAAGAGGAAGGAUCGAAGAAGGAUGAAGAGACGGGAGAGAAGACGAAGGCGAGUGCAGAAGCGGUGGAAGGCUUCCGAGCCUCAUUGACCAAGCUUGCCGACCUAUACAUCAACGAUGCCUUCGGGACUGCCCAUCGGGCCCACUCCUCGGUCGUCGGAUUCAAGGGCGAGCCUCGACUCGCCGGCUUCUUGAUGAAGAAAGAACUCGAGUUCUUCAGCAAGGUCUUGGAGAAACCCGAGCCGCCUUUCUUGGCCAUCCUUGGUGGCGCUAAGAUCUCCGACAAGAUCCAAUUGAUCGAGAAUUUACUCGAUAAGGUGAACAAGUUGAUAGUGUGUGGAGGAAUGGCCUUCACAUUCAAGAAGAUGCUAGACUCGGUGGAGAUUGGGAACUCUCUGUUUGACGAAGAUGGGAGCAAGAAGGUGCACGACUUGGUGGCCAAGGCGAAGAAGAACAAUGUCGAGUUGAUCUUCCCGAUCGACUAUAUCUGUGGCGACAAGUUCGCCAAGGAUGCGGCACGCAAGACGGUGACUGAUGCCGAAGGGGUGCCCAAGGGAUGGAUGGGUCUGGAUGCUGGCCCAGCCAGUCGAGAGGAAUUCAAGAAAGCUAUCCUCAGUUCCAAGACCAUCCUCUGGAACGGCCCCGCCGGUGUCUUCGAAUUCGAUAAUUUCGCCGAAGGCUCCAAGGCCAUGUUAGACGCCUGUAUCGAGGCCUGUCAAAAGGGCGCUACCGUGAUCGUCGGAGGCGGUGAUACUGCCACCGUCUGUAAGAAGUAUGGUGCCGAGGACAAGUUGUCUCAUGUCAGCACUGGAGGAGGCGCCAGUCUUGAGCUGCUAGAAGGAAAGAACCUACCGGGGGUCGCUAAUUUGAGUGAGAAGAAAUAGAUCAUUUAUUUUUGUCCUCACUUUUACCCCCCCCCCCUUUCUCUCUCUUUAUGCUUCUUCGUCGAAUAUCCAAUGCUUUUAAAGGUUCUCCGGGACCACCACCAUCACCACAAAAUAGAUGUAUAAAAACAGUAACCAUAAAAAAAAUGAGACCGCGUUCUGCACGACGGUCCAAGUGUGUUUUUUUGUAUUAACGGUCUUCUCGUGAAGCUCAAAUGAAAAGAAAAAGAAACCAGUAUACAUAUUAUACACAAUACCGUCUGUCCCUCCCCCUCCCUCUCAACGUUUCAUGUUCACCCGUGAUGAAAGAAAUGCACAAACGCCAAUCUUGAGAGUUCUUUUUAA